AUGAAUUCGGUACCUAAUAGUGAAAUUGACUAUAUAAAAUAUAUAAUACCAAGGUAAGCAUUUUAUACAAUUUCUUAUUUGUUUGUUUUAGGAAUUCUUACUCCACAUAUCAUCCAUUCCUCAGCACUGGUGAACGAUAUAUUCCUUUGGGGACUACUGAUGCUUUUUAUUUCCAACCGGGAACGUCCAGGGUCAAGGCAUCGACCGAAAGCCCAUCAACAACCCAACCCAGGGAAUCAAUUUCUCAUGAUUGUCAUGGCUAUGUUAAGUCUGCUGCCCAGAUUGUUCGUCCAGCAUCGUCGAAAUCAACCCAAAUUGCAUCAAAGAAUGAAAAUGUACCUUUCUUUCCUCCGAGUGUAAGUGCAAUAUUGCGUAAUUCAUUUCCCUGUUUAGAAGAAGUUUCCUCCUCGAGGUCAAUCCCAAUUCACAGAAGAGAAUGCUUAUUGCAAGAAUAACCCAUUCGUAUUUCGAGGCCGUAAGUAACAAUUAGACCUGUUAUUCGCUUGUUUAGGAACACAAACCGCUGGCAGGAUGCAGAAUAAAUUGAACAGGUCGGGUUUUGAUAUGGAUGAAGUCAAGGCUUCCUUCGUCCUCCCAGGUCCUUACUUCGAGAAAACAAUAGCUGUCGAUGAACAAGAAUUGUUUCUUUAUCGGGUUGAGCUCUUUGUUUCGGUGGAGUAAGUUAAUUCAUGAUUUUUUGAUUUAUACGGGUUUGGCGAAAAUAUUGUUACCGAAAUCAUGUCCAAAUACCUGUGAAAACUUCGUGGCCUGGUAGCAAUUAUAAUUAACUUGACGGACAGAGUUACACGCAUAUGUGUCAUUCUAAAGUCAAAAUUUAUAUUUUUAUAACACACCUAGAAGGCACCGCGAUAUCCGAAAGUGUCAAUAGUGACACUUCCGGAAAAAAAACAAACGAUAAGGGUUGCAACUACCAUUCUAAUGGAUUUACUUUUAUUAAUUACGUUUGAAUUUUUUCCUGAAAUUUUCCAGGUCAUUCGAUAAAUGUAACUUUGAAGGUCCGACAAUGGAGUUGAUUGCAAACCGGGGACUCACGCAAAUGACAGCCAUUCAGAAAUAUGCAAUUCCUCUCCUUAUGGCUAGGUGAGGUUACACCCAUGUGAAUUACAUUGCAAUCAUUUCAGGGAAAAUUAUAAUACGACUAGAGCUCUGCUUGUAAGAUCGCCCUCCGGAAGCGGCAAAACUUUAGCUGUUGCUCUCCCAAUCAUCAGUAGAAUCUUCCACAUGAAAAAUAAAGAUAUAACAAAGAAGGGACCCUUUGCAGUGUUCCUUGCGCAUAACAACAUCGCUUGUGCCCAGCUGUGCAAAGAACUUCUUGCCAUUUGUCCUGAUGGUAAUUGCUGAUUAUGUACCCAGAAUUAAUUUUUAGGUGGACCAAUCAAAGUUGGAAUGUCCUGUGGUUCCCAAGAUCCUAAAGUCAUCAACCGAUUGAUCGAAGAAGGGGUGGAUAUUCUCGUUUGUACCUCGGGACGGGCUGAUAAUCAUUUCUUUAGAUGUGCCGGUGGAUCUGUGGUAUUUUUUAAUAUCUGUUGCGUAAAUUAAAAUUAUAGCGAGAACUGCAGAUUCAAAGGAUUCGAUAUUUAGUCCUCGAUGAAGCGGACAUCUUCCUCAACUUCAAUAGGUUUUAUAGAUAUGUGGAUCCCAUAUUUCAAAAGCUUGUAAGUCAAAAAUACGCUGUAAUAUUGAAUCAAUGCAUUCAGAAAGCCACUAACGGGAAGAUCAAGCUUAUAUGUCUGACCUCAUGCUAUCAAAGUGUUAAUAGGUUUAAGCAGUUGUUGCCUGAGGACGCGAAGCUUGGCAUUGUCAGUGUGGGGACUGAAACGAUACCACCGACGGUACGUAUGAAAUGCUUUAAUAUUGUAAGUGGAUUUUGCUUUUUGAUCACUUACAGGGGAAGUACCCCAAGUGCGACGCUCAGAUUUUGAUGAAACUUGGCACAAAUUUAGAAUGAUUUUUUCUAAAAUAUCUGCGGGAACCCUAGCUCGCGCUUUGCAGAAACAACCGAGAUUUUUAGAUCGAAAGUGGGCGAAAAUUUGACACUUUUUGCUGAAUUUCGGCACGAAAAGUUUGGUACCUAUUUCUACCAUGGAGGGUAAUGUUUCCACAAAAAAUCAAUUUUUUCCGCACAAAACAAGCAAAGUUAUGACCAAAAAGUGUUUUUCUCUCUGUCCGCUCUCCCUGUUUAGCGUACUCUCUCGGCGGAAAAAAUCGUUCGAUAUCUCGGCGGCGCCCGCAAAGCGCGAGCUAAAACUUUCAGGAAUUGUUAUUUAGUUCAUGCCCGACGUGUGCUCAAAAUUUAAAGAAAAUCGGAGCGUCGCACUUGGGGUACUUCCCUUGUUAGUUUAGACAGGCCAGCACAAGCACGAUGCCCUCAUCUCUUUGUUGAAGAACACAAGUCUUCGAGAUGCGCCUGAUCGACCGCCGAAAACAAUUAUUUUUGUAAAAGAGAACGAUCGAUGCGCCCAAUUGGCAUAUCGACUGAAAAGGGAAGGAUAUCUGGCCAAAGAAAUUGCAUCGCAAGACUCCACCAAUGAAAUGUUGAAGACUAUGAACAGCUUUCUUCAAGGUGAUUAUGAUAUAAUUGUAACACAAGAUCUGAUGGCCCGAAUGAUCAAUGUCCCCGAUCUGAAAGUGGUUGUCCAUUAUGAUAUUUGCGAAGAAAACAAUCAUCACAAUAUCCUGAGUUCGUGUGGUCGCGUUGGUCGACUGGGCAACAUUGGAUAUUGUUUUAUUUUUUAUGACAGAAAAACGGACCUUCUAGCUGUGGAUGCGUUGAGGGUAAGUAAAAAAAGAUAUUGCCUUAUAAUUUAUGUUUAUCAGUUCCUAAAGAAAGGCUGUUGCGACUAUUGAGAAGGUAAUCUGGAUUCAAGAACUCGUAACUUAUUAAUUGGUUUUCCUAUACCUAAUGCUAAUAAAUUUUCUAACUCCGAGUUUGGCGUUUAUUCGAAUUACCUUCUCUGAAGUUUUGGCAACGGCCGUCAUCAAAUACAAUGUCAUUAAAUUACAGAAACUCAGGGAUCGCAUGUCAUUCACAGACGAAAUGAAUUCAGUUGUUGCCAAGUGGAAGAUCCUCGGAGUCGAUGAUCGGACCAUUAUUUUCUGA